UCAGAAUAAGGGACAAACGGUCACUUGUGUCGAAAACACGAGAUCACGUUCCAUUUACUAUAAAAGACACCGAGGACUAUCGAAUGACACUCAGCUCUUUGCAGUGACUGCUUAAGGAUGGCUAACUUUUCUGCUGUUGUCUGUUUGGUCGCCAUGGUUGUUGGUGCCAACGCAUUUGGAUAUGUUCCUAUUAAUGUCGGAAAAUACGUCAACGGUGGAAACAAUGGCGGAAAUAAUGGUGGAAACAAUGGCGGCGGCGGGUGCAUGCCGGGUAUGAAUGGAUGUAGCAACAUGAACACCAAUGGGAACAACGUGAACAGGAUGGCAAUGAUGACCAACAUAAUGAACAUGAUGAAAAAUAGUAACAUGAUGCCAAAUCCUGGACCCACUUAUCCAAUGCCAAACCCAGGACCCACUUACCCUAUGCCAAAUCCAGGGCCAAUCUACCCUAUGCCAAAUCCAGGACCAACCUACCCUAUGCCAAAUCCAGGACCUACUUAUCCAAUGCCAAACCCAGGACCUACUUAUCCUAUGCCAAACCCUGGACCUACUUAUCCUAUGCCAAACCCAGGACCUACUUAUCCUAUGCCCAUGAAGCCAAUGAUGCCUGACUAUCCAAUGCCAAGUAAGUAUUGA